AUGAAGGCGGUGGCGUGCUUCGUGUUAGGUCUAGCGGCGCUAGCCGCGGCCCGACCCGAUGUCGGCGAUGAUCAAACAUUGGCAAACAUGGACAUUAAACAAAAGCAGGUCUUCAUCUUGAAGCUGCUUAACAACGUUAUGGGACCUGUCAUGUACAAAGAUAUUGAAGACAUCGGCAAGAACUUUAAGAUAGAAGACAAUAUGGAGUUGUAUUCUAAACCUGAGGUAGUCAAAACAUUCCUGAACAACUGGGAAAUCGGAUUUUUACCCAAAGGUGAAAUAUUCACAAUUCACAUUGACCGUCAACUUAAGGAGGUUGUCACCAUGUUCCAUAUGCUGUACUAUGCUAAAAACUUUAGUACCUUCUUAAGAACUGCAUGUUGGAUGCGUCUCUACGUUAACGAAGGCAUGUUUGUGUAUGCCCUAACCGUAGCUGUCAGACAUCGCGAGGACUGCAAAGGCAUUAUUCUUCCCCCACCUUAUGAAAUUUAUCCAUACUACUUUGUUCGUGCCGAUGUCAUUCAAAAAGCUUACAUGCUCAAAAUGAAGAAAGGUCUUCUCGAUAAUAAAUUGUGCGAUUUCUAUGGUAUCAAAAAGACUGACAAGGACAUUUACAUCAUUGAUGAAAAUGUAUUCGAUACUCGCGUCUAUUUGAAUGAUGAAGACAGGCUCAGAUACUUCACAGAAGAUAUUGAUCUGAACACUUACUACUACUACUUCCAUGUUGAUUAUCCAUUCUGGAUGAAGGAUGACCUUAUCAUGAACAAAUUCAUGAUGAGACGCUGGGAGUUUACUAUGUACUUCUAUCAACAAAUUCUUGCAAGGUAUUAUUUAGAGCGUCUUUCAAAUGGUCUCGGUGAUAUCACCUACAUGUCAUGGUACAAGCCUAUUGAAAAGGGAUACUGGCCUUGGUUGAUGCUUCAUAAUGGAGUGCAGCUACCUGUUAGAUUUAACAAUCAACUAUUUGUUGGUGAUAAGGACAUUGGCUUUGUCAAAAUUUUAGAGGACUAUGAGAAAAUUAUCACUGAAGCAGUGAUCAAGGGAUACAUUGAGAUUAAUGGCAUGAGACUUGAACUGACAAAACCUAGCGAUGUAGAAACACUUGGCAAACUUAUUUAUGGUACAGUGGAAAAGACCGAUUUGACUAAACUGCAAGUGGAUUCUUACCGUUACCUUCUCAUCCUAAUAAAAGCAGUUAUUGGUCUUAACUACUGGGAAAAUAAUGAGUAUUUCGUAGUUCCUAGCAUUUUAGACAAUUACCAAACUGCUCUACGUGACCCAGUAUUCUACCAACUUCAGAAGCGUCUCGUUCAUUUACUGAUUCUUUUCAAGAUGCGCCUGCCUUCCUACACACGUGAAGAUUUAUACUUCCCUGGUGUCAAGAUCGAUAAUGUAGUGGUAGACAAACUUGUCACCUACUUUGAUGAUUACUUAAUGGAUAUGACAAACGCAAUUACUUAUAAUGAUGAGGAACUUAAGAAGUCAACUUCUGAUAUGAUAUUCUUUGUACGUAAACGCCGUCUCAAUCACCAGCCAUUUAAAGUAACUCUGGACAUUAUGUCUGACAAGACAGUCGACUGUGUAGUAAGGUUAUUCUUAGGACCUAAGGAAGAUCAUUUGGGCAACUUGAUCGAUCUCAACAAGAACCGUCUUAACUUCGUCGAGUUAGACUCCUUCAUUUACAAGCUCAACACUGGGAAGAACACGAUCGUCAGAAACUCCAUUGAUAUGCACAACCUGGUCCGUGACCGUAUUAUGACUCGUGAUCUCUGGAAGAAGAUGGAUACAGUUACUGACCUUAAAGAUCUUUGGGUUAAGGAUCUUAAAAACUAUCACACCGGAUUUCCUACGAGGCUUCUACUACCUAAGGGUACCAUCGGCGGAAUGAAGAUGAUGCUUUACGCAAUUGUUACUCCUUUGAAAUUAGUUGACAAUGUUGACGUUUCAAUUCUUGACACCACGCGUAAAGAUUACGUCGUUGACUUUAGAUCUACUGUGCUUUUAGAUAAGAUGCCCCUUGGUUUCCCAUUAGAUCGCCAUAUUGAUCUUACUAAGUUCUUCACACCAAACAUGAAAUUCUUAGACGUCAUAAUCUUCCACAAGACACAAGUUUGCGAUAUGAAGACCCACUGGGACCGUUACGUACUAAAGAACUAUGACAUGGUUGGUAAAUCUACAAUGACCGACUAUUAUACUAAUGUUGAUAUCAACACUAAAAUUGAUACUGACCAGUUUGAUGUAUAAGAAGUACAUGAUCUUUAAAUACGACGAUAUGCUGCAAAACAUUUAACGACUAUGUAUGAAAUUUAUAAAUAAAAUGAAUUAUUUAUUUA